AUGGAUAAUCAAUCCUCAGGCUCCUUUUUUCUCCUGAUGGAAUUCUCAGAGGUACGAGAACUACAAUUGCUUUAUUUCUCUGCUUUCAUGGUACUGUAUUUAGCAAUCCUGACAGGGAAUCUCCUCAUCGUCUUUGCAAUAAUUUUCAACCAUCACCUGCAUACUCCCAUGUACCUUUUUCUGUUGAACUUGGCCAUACAAGACCUUGGUGCCAUUUCAGUCAUUAUCCCCAAAUCCAUGGCUAAUAUGCUCAUGAACACAAGACACAUUUCUUACUUUGGAUGUGUUUGUCAAGUUUUCUUUUUUGUCUUCUUUCUGGGAUCUGAUUAUUGGAUCCUCACAGUUAUGGCAUAUGAUCGCUAUGUUGCCAUUUGCAAUCCAUUACAAUAUAGAAAAAUAAUGAACAAACAGUCCUGUUUUUAUAUGAUUCUUGCUGUAUGGGUAAGCGCCCUUCUUGAGGGUUUGUUGCACACUUCCUUUAUCUUUUCAACCCCUUUUUGUUCCAACAUCAUCAAUCAGUUCUUCUGUGAAAUCCCACAGCUACUUAAACUCACCUGUACAGGCUUAAAUCAAAAUGAAAUCAAACUACUUGUGGCCUUUUUUGUCUUAGGCUUAGGAUGUUUUUUCUUUAUCCUGAUUUCUUAUCUGUCCAUUUUCACUGCUGUGCUGAAAACUCACUCCUUGGAAGGAAGGAAAAAAGCAGUUGCUACUUGCCUACCGCAUCUUACUGUGGUUUCCAUGUUCUUAUUAUCUGGAGGCUUUGCUUAUCUGAGUCCUCCCUCCACAUCACAAGACUUAAUCUCAACUGUAUUAUAUUCCAUUGUCCCACCUCUUUUGAAUCCUGUCAUUUAUAGUAUGAGAAACAAGGACAUCAAGGUUGCCUUGUCAAAACUGUUAAAUAUGGGUGAAUUGUCAAAGGAGAUAUCUUUAACAUUUCAUUUGUAA